CCGACACUUUUCAAAGUGGCCAUGAUGAAACUCUCAGCCCAACUCGAGAAAAUACUGGGGAUCAGACAUGCCUUGUACGCAGACGACAUCACGAUAUGGACGGUCGGAGGGUCCAUAGGAGAAAAACAAGAUGCAUUACAGGAGGCAGUGGAUGUCGUAGCAAGCUACGCGGAGACAUGCAGACUGCAAUGCGCGCCGGAGAAGUCGGAGCUCCUCAUAAUCGAGAAGCGCUCACGAGGACGAUCAACAGUCCCGGCACCAACCAUCCACCUGCGAAUAGGUCCUAGAGAAAUUACCAAGGUAGACAGACUUCGGAUCCUCGGCUUACACUUACAAAAGGACGGGGGCGGAGGAUACGCCAUACAGAAGCUACAACACACGACCACGCAGGUCUUGCGCAUGAUUCAACGAAUUACUAGCAGGAGGAGGGGACUCAAGGAACAGGACCUUAUUCGAUUAGUGCAGGCUCUGAUUGUGAGCCGCAUUGCGUACUCGGCACCAUAUUUAAAUUUAAGGAACGCGGAAGUGGAGGUACUCGACCGGCUGAUACGCAAGGCGUAUAAGCAAGCGCUCGGACUCCCACCCGGAACGGCUACUUUUCGCCUCGAGGAGACAGGAGUGUACAACAACGCACGGGAAAUCAUAGAGGCCCACCUGGUGAGCCAGAAGGAAAGACUACUACGCACAAUAGCGCGACGCUGCGUCUUGGAACGUCUUGGAUAUUCUGUACGGAAGACCAGCGCACUGACCAAAAUCCCAACACGAAUACAAGAAACUAUGUACGUCUCACCGAUUCCCAGGAACAUGCACCCAAACUUCCACAUCGGACGGAGACAAGCCCGAGCGCAGGCGCUCGCGAGAAAGUACGGAAACCACCCCAAUGUCUUGUACAUAGACGCGGCCAGCACCGCAAGAAGCACCGCAUUCGUCACCAGCGUAGUCGACAAUCACGGGACUGAAAUAAAUGCAUCGUCGGUUUCCAGAGUGAGCGCUGCGGAGGCAGAGGAACUAGCGAUUGCGUUAGCCAUCACGACGUGACCGCAGUGGGAUUGCGUCAUAGUUCUGACGGACUCUCAGACGGCAUGCAGAAAUUACUCCAGGGCCAAAAUUUCCAAGGCUGCACAUCGCAUUCUGAAUGGAGCGCACCAGCUGCCACCAUACAUACAAAUCGUGUGGACUCCGGGGCAUGAGUCCUUACGCGGCAAUCAGCAGGCACACGCAUACGCCCGAGCGCAUGCACACCGGGAGCCGCGAGAUGACCGCGCCGAGCAGUUCCAACCAGAGCCCAUACCAUUAACCUACACUCACAUCCUACAACACUAUCGCCUUUCACGAAGAACACUACCCCCACCUCAUAAUUCUCUGACGCGAGAGGAGGCCGUAAUAUGGCGAAAACUCCAAACAAACACAUAUCCACAUUUGAGUCUUUACCACGCCAUACACCCUGCGCUGUAUUCCUAUACAUGUCCACACUGUGAUCAAUGUGCAACACUUUACCACAUGGUAUGGGCUUGCGCAAACACACCACAGCUAACACCCAUAACACACCCCACCACACGGCAAUGGGAGGCAGCGCUGUCCAGCUCCGACUCGACGGACCAGCUCAACCUGGUCCACCGAGCGAGAAGGGCAGCUAAGGCCGCUGGACUC